AAAUCUUAAGAGUAUCAUUUUAUAAUAUUUUCUUCAUCAAUAUCUUGCCUCGAUAUUGUAAACCCUCCAUAUUUGAAUCAGGAACUCUCCUCAUUCCUUCCUUUCCCUCUCUCUGGCUAGCUAUAUUUGUAGGACAACUUGUUCUCCUUCAAAAUCUUCCCAAUUUGCUUUUGCACUAUAUUUUUCUGGUUAAAAGUUGAAGUCUCUUCAACUCUUUCGUGGUGCUGAAAUCUAUAGCUUGUUGAGAUUGUUCUUUUUUAUAUUAAUACAAAUUCUUCUUUUGUCAAAGAGAAAGGGGAUUAGUUUAAUUUUUCAGGUCUUCUUUUGAUGAUGGCUCAAAAGCAUUUGCACGAGUUACUUCAAGACGAUCAAGAACCAUUUCUUCUGAAGAAGUACAUUGCUGACAGGCGUUGUCAACUCAAGAAACCAUCACCUAAAACCCAUCUUCAAAUCAAGAAAAGAAAACCCGUCUCUCAAAACUCAAACUUUCCUUCAAAUUUCUGCAAAAACGCUUGCUUUUUCUCGUUCCAUGACUCACCAGACGCAAGAAAGUCUCCAUUGUUUGAAUUUCCAUCCCCAGCUAAGAGCCCUUGUAAGAGCCCCAAUGCCAUGUUUCUUCACAUCCCGGCAAGAACAGCAACUCUUCUUCUUGAAGCUGCUCUCAGGAUUCAAAAACAAUCUUCGUCAAAAACCAAACCUCAGAACAAAAACAACGGCACUACUUUUGGCUUAUUUGGUUCCCUCCUAAAGAGGCUAACUUACCGCAACAGAAACCGAAAGCGUGAAAUAGUUAAUAAUGGAGCUAAAGUUUCAGUCAAGGACAUUUUAAGGUGGGAUUCAACUGUGGGGAAAAACAAUCUAAGUCCAAGGAAAAUAUCUUCAGCAAUGGAAGAGAAAAGUGGUUGUCAAAUGGGGUUUUCUUGCUCUUACAAUGGAAGGCCAAGCAGUGCUGUUUGGUCAGAAAGCAAUGAAGAAAAAUCCUUGGAUAUGGAUUCAGACACCUCCUGUAGCUGUAGCCAAUCCGAGGAUUUUGAAGAGAUUUUCAUGUCCAAAGAUGCUAUAGAAAAUAACUUAGCUUUUGGUUCUUGUGAUAAGCACCUUUGUGAAAGCCCUUUUCACUUUGUACUUCAAAGAAGCCCUUCUUUUGGUCACCGGACACCCCUCUUCUCUUCCCCGGUCACAUCCCCAAGUCGCCAUCAAAAGGAGGACGAGGAAAAUUAUGAAGCAGAGAGCUUAAAAAAAUUGCAAGUAGAAGAAGAAGAAAAAGAACAAUGCAGUCCUGUUUCUGUUUUGGACACUCCAUUCGAGGACGAUGACGGCAGACACGAGGAUGAUGAUAAUGAUGAGAACGAUGGUUUCGAUCUUGAAUGCAGCUAUGCAAUUGUACAAAGAGCAAAGCAGCAGCUACUGCACAAACUUCGUAAAUUUGAGAAACUGGCCGAAUUGGAUCCAGUUGAACUGGAGAAAAGAAUGUUAGAACAAGAACAAGAUGAUGAUAAUGAUGACAAUGGAACUUAUGGCCUAGAGGAAGAAGAGGAAUACGAGCGGGAGUCAAUUUCACCAUAUAGUGAAAUGAACGUCGAUGACUUUCUCCAAGAAGUGCUUAAAUCAAGCUUCCACAAUCUAAGACAUAUCCCAGAAGGCAUGAAAAGGUUUGUAUCAGACCUCAUCGCCGAGGAAGAGACAGAGCAAAACUGCUACGUCGAUAGAGAAGUGGUGGCAAAAAGGGUUUGUAAGAGGCUGGAGUCAUGGAAGGAGGUGGAAUCAAACACCAUUGACAUGAUGGUGGAACAAGAUUUCAGGAGAGAGCUUGAUGGUUGGAAGAGAAAUCAAGAGCAGAUUAGAGAGACGGCAUUAGAAGUUGAAUAUGCUAUCUUUGGAUUACUGAUGGAAGAAUUGUCAGAAGAACUAGUUUAUUUAACUGGGGUUUAAUGGGGAAAAAUUUUGAGGCUAAGAUGAUGGCAAAAAAUGAAUUUUGGUUUCAAUUUCUUUCAUUUUAUUAAUCAAAAUCAUAUAUUAAUUAGAGGAGUACAGUCUGACUUGCUUUGAAGGGAUAGGCUAAGUAGAAAGAUGUAUGGAGAAAGCAGGAAGAAUGUGGGUUAGAAUAGCAUGGUAUUAUGUAUAUGCAAUCAUGUAUUUGGUGGGUGUAAUGGUGCAUGGAUUCUGGUGUUAAUGAGAUAUAUGUACAA